GAACAUUUUGGAUGAAUCAUUUGGAACAAAAAACACCUGGCUCUGUCAAAUUGAAUCUGUCAGUACCUAGUGAUGCAAUGGUUGGGAUCUAUGGCAGGAGGGGUAUGCCUCCUACUCAUGUGCAGUUUGACUUCUUCAAAGUUAUUGAUGGCACUAGAGUUGGCAUUCAGUCAAGAAGAGCUGUGGUGAGUUUUAGAGGCAAUGACUAUUUUGCCCGGGACACUGCCCUUGUUCAGUUCCUGGACAGAGGUGAUUGGUUUAUUGGCAUAUAUAAUGAUCGAGAGACCUAUCAGUCAGUUCUGCUAACAGCAGCCCCUCAUGAAAUGGAUACUAACUGCCCAGACAACUGCCACGGCAAUGGAGAAUGUAGAGAUCGACAGUGUCGAUGUUUUCCAGGCUACACAGGAUGGGAUUGCUCACAAAGUGUCUGCCCACUGUUGUGCAGUGGCAAUGGAGUGUACCUCAGAGGUCAGUGCCAGUGUAACCAGGGGUGGAAGGGUGUGGAAUGUGACCUCCGAGAGUCUGAGUGUGCUGUGCCCAGUUGUAACGGCAAUGGACAUUGUAUAAAUGGACAGUGUGUAUGCUUUCAAGGUUUCCAGGGACCAGACUGUGGCAUUGUGGACUGUAUGAUGCCCAAUUGUUCAGGCAAUGGUGCGUGUGUUCUUGGCACUUGCCGCUGCUUUAGAGGGUUUAAGGGGCGAGACUGUAACUCAGAAGAUAAGAUCAAUGUGACCCAACUCUGCUCCAAAAACUGCUCAGGACAUGGACUCUAUGAUGUGGAGACAGGACGAUGUGAAUGCAGGCGCCAUUUUUCUGGGUUCAGCUGUGAGACAGAUGGCUGCCCAGGUGAAUGCAAUGAUCAUGGAAACUGUCGAAGGUUCAAGGAAGGCUGGCGGUGUGACUGCAGAGAUGGUUGGAAGGGUGAAGCUUGUGAUUUGGCAAUGGAAACAUCAUGUUCAGAUAACUUAGAUAAUGACCACGACAGUUUAGUGGACUGCCUAGACCCAGACUGUUGUACAACAUCCACCUGUGUCAAGAGUCAGUACUGCCAGGCCUCACCAGACCCUAAGGAGAUCCUUCUGAGAAAAAAUGCACCUGCUCCAACAGCUUCAUUCCUUGAUAAGAUGAGGUUUCUCAUUGAAGAAAACAGUGUGCAGAUGGAUGCCCCAAGAAAUUCCUUCAAUGAGAGUCAAGUAUCAGUGAUUAGAGGAAGAGUGCAGACACGCGAUGAGACUGCUCUAAUUGGUGUUCGAGUGGGAGUGGUCACACAGCCUCUCUAUGGAUUUACUCUCACUAGAGAGGAAGGACUAUUUGAUAUCCUUGUCAAUGGUGGUGGUUCUGUCACUCUUGAAUUUGUAAGAGAUCCUUUUGUGACACAAACUGCCAGUGUACUUGUUCCUUGGAACCAGAUCAUCACCAUGGAUACAGUGAUUAUGUCCACUGAAAGCCGUGCUCAGCUGAGUGCAGGGACAACAUGUUCCAACCUGGAUAACAAUCAUGAUCACUAUCUACUGCGACCUGUAGUACUAAGUACCUGGCAACAUACACAGCUGGGAGCUUGUCCAAAGAGGAGCACCAUCAUUCCAGAGUCCCAGGUUUUACAAGAAAGCUUGAACGUUCCAGGAACAGAUGUCCAUUUAGUGUAUCACAGUUCAGAAUCUUCUGGCUACAUGUCCCUCAUAAUGAUUCAGAUGACUCCAAGCAGAAUUCCACACACACUUUCCUUAGUGCACUUGAGAGUUUCUGUUCAGGGAGUUGAAAUCAAGAAAUUGUUUGAAGCAGACCCUAACCUGAAGUAUACAUUUGCUUGGGACAGACUUAAUGCAUACAAACAGAAAGUAUAUGGCAUUGUCACUGCAAGAGUGUAUGUUGGUUAUCAGUACCUGGGCUGUGAUCAUGUGUACUGGGAGACUCGCAGUGCUACUUUGAAUGGCUAUGACAUGACAGCCUCUCACAUUGGAGGUUGGAACUUGGAUAUUCAUCACACAUACAACCAUCAGGAAGGUAUUUUGCAUAAAGGAGAUGGCACCAACAUUUACUUGAAGGAAAAGCCAAAGAAGAUAAUAAACAUCCUUGGUUCUGGCCAGAGACGAAAACUAGAUUGUGAAGCUUGCAAUGGAAAAGCCUUAGAUAAUGGAUUGUUGAGUCCUGUAGCUUUAGCAUCUGGCUUAGAUGGCAGUCUUUAUGUGGGAGACUACAAUUUCAUUCGUAAAUUAUCUCCCCACAGAGAAGAAAUUGCCAGCAUCCUGCAGAUGAGCACUAUUACCACGCCAUACAAGUUUUACAUGACGGUCAGUCCUGUUGAUGGACGGCUGUAUAUAUCAGACUUCAUGAGCCACAAAAUUAUCCGUGUGCGGACAAUGGGACCAGUGCCUGAUCUGCUAGAUAACUAUGAAGUUGUAGCUGGAAAUGGAGAAGAGUGUACACCGGGAGAGGCAGAUCUUUGUGGAGAUGGUGGUCCUGCAGUUAAUGCACGGCUGAGAUACCCAAAAGGUAUUGCUAUCAACAAGGAUGGAAUUAUCUAUGUUGCUGAUGGUCCUAAUAUAAGGAAGAUAACCCCAGAUGGUCUCAUCACAACACUCAUUGGCACCCAGGCCCAGCCCCGAGAGUGGACUCCCAUGCCAUGCGAUGAUAUUUUGUCAGCCGAGAGGGUAUCCCUGAAGUGGCCAACAUCUUUGAGCAUCAAUCCACUAGAUGACUCCCUUCAUAUUCUUGAUCACUCCAUUGUUUUAAAGCUCACAAGUGAUUUCAAACUGGUCACUGUAGCAGGACGCCCAGUAUAUUGUCCACCACGCCACUCCUCUUUCCUUCCAAGUGGAGUUCUCACUGAUGAUGAGCAGGCAUCAAGUGUGGCCGACCAUGUGACUCUUGUGUCUCCAAAAUGCAUCACUUUUGGACCUCAUGGAGAUCUGUACAUUGUAGAAAGUGAUACUCACCACAUCAAUAGAGUCCGGGUGGUCAGUACCGAUGGCCGCAUUCAUCACUUUGCUGGAGCAAAAAGCAAAUGUGACUGCAGACAGGAAAAGUGUGCCUGCUUCAAUCCCCAAGAAACCCUCGCAGCCCAGGCCUUGUUCAGUGAUCCCACAUCUGUCACUGUCACUCCUGAUGGAGUCCUUCAUUUGGCAGACAUGGGAAACCUGCGUGUAUUUUCAGUUGUUUCUGAGCUGCCUGUUUUGAAUGAUCGUCACUAUGAAGUAGUGGCCCCAGAGACUCAAGAACUAUAUGUUUUCAAUAUGUAUGGGCAACACCGUCACACAAUCAACAUUCAUACUGGGCAGUAUGUUUAUAACUUUACUUAUAAUGUGUUCUCCUCCUACGGGCGUUUAAUCACAGUUGAAGAUGCAUCUCAGAAUAAAAUCCAGAUUAAAAGGGAUUAUCAGGCACAGGCCAAGGAAGUGCUUUCUCCAACAAAUGAACAGUGUGUUUUAGUCAUGGACAAUCGACACAGGCUGCACAAGUUUCUAGCCUCUGACAACUCAUCUGCAACCUUCACCUACACAGUGAACACAGGACUACUUGAGUCCAAACAAGACAGUGGUGGUCAGACGUUCCUGUAUCACUAUGACGACACUGGCCGGUUGUUGACCAUUCGCCAGCCUACAGGCCAGAUCACUACUCUGACAACUGACAUCAACACAACAGGUUCUAUCGUUCGUGUGGCUACUGGUACGCGCCAUGUGAGCGCCAUGGCUACCUACGGGAGCGUGCAAUCAGUUAUGCAUGGUUCAACACAAACAAAAGUAACCUACUUACCAGACGGUGCAGUUGUUGUUCUGUUUCCUAGCAACCUUACAGUUGCAACAGAAACUGGAAGCCAUCCUGUAAUGGAAAGUGAAAACCGUAUGCACUACAAACGGAAAAUUAUUGUGCCUGGUUCAUCCGUUCAUCGCUUAGAAUGGAGAUUCUACUUGCGACGUGGUGGUCGUGUACGAGCAUCCAGAGUAAUUGAGAAACUUGGUCAACGUAUGCGGGUAGGGGACCUGGGUCGACAGCAUGUUGUGCAUGAUUCUCUAGGAGGAGAGGGCAGAGAUAAAGCCCUGAUGAUUAAUGGUGAGAAUCUGCUGACUGUUGAGUACGACAGACGCAGCCACACAGAGACUGUCUUGGACAAAAGUCUACAUGAUAUCAUCACUGUGGUGUACAGUUCUGCUGGCUUGCCAAUACAGUUUAUCCCUGCUUCAUCUCAUCACUCUAUGAAUGUCACCUACAACAGUUAUGGUGACAUACUGGAGUGGCAGUAUGGAGAUCUUAUAGAGCAGCGGGAAUACAAGGAUCCGGGUCUGAUCAAACAGAGAACACUCAAACCUGGAGGAAAACAAUUUAGAUACUUCUACCGCAAUCAUUCUAGAAAACCUACAGAUAUUUUCCUGCCCAGUGGUAAGCAGUACCUGUUUAAACAUGAUAAACAAGGCAAUCUUCAGAGUGUCAUGACACCAUUCCUUGGGCACCAUCACUUCAACACACUGCUUACCUUAGGAAUGAGAAGGUUUUUGUACAGGGCGCCAGGUUUCUCCCUGCCUUACAUUGAGGAUUUUGAUGCCAUGGGAAAACUGCUACAGGUGAUUUAUCCGAGUGAACAGAGGCGUGUGGUGCAUCGUUACAAUGACAUGGGCCAAAGGUCACUUACCAUGUUUGACCAGACAUUGAUUGAAUUGACAUACCAUAAGGAGGUACUGCAUUUGUCUCAGGCAUCAUUGGUGGCUCGAGGUUAUGCCAAUAAACUGACAUUUGGCUACCUCAGCUCUUUGGUGCAUGAUUCAUCAGUCACAUUCCCACAGGAUGCCAGCCUUGUGGGUGCCAGUUUCAAGUUCAGCUAUGACAACAACUUCCGUCAGGUGGAAACUAUGUUGAAUCUGUCCAACAACAUCAGCAGCCUUUCCAACAGAUCAUACAGCAAUGACAAUGGGAAGAUGUCACACAUUGCAGGAAUCAAUGUUGAGUGGUUGACAGAAGCCAAGCAACUGUUUCGUGAUGGCCACAUAAUCAUGACUAGAGAGUUUGAUGGAUAUGGUCGAUUAAUGGAUGUCACGGUUAAAUUUAGUGGAGAAGUCAAAUUUGACUUGCAUAUAGAUUAUGACAAAAUUGGUCGAGUUCAUGAGUGGAAAAGAAAGGUAGACAAGUUAAAAGAAGUUGCUGUGGAGUAUAUCUAUGAUGUAGACAGUCAUGUGACUGAUGUUCUUCUGCAGGGAAAGACGGCUUGGGAGUUUGGCUAUGAUGCUGACGGCAACAUUCACAAGAUUACCUCACAAGGCACAACCAGGCACAUGGAGUUCGAUGUCGGAGAUAAAAUAACAAUGAUGGGAGGGGUUAGUUACAAGUUUGACAGUGACGGUCUCAUGGCCCAGCGUGGUUUGGAUCAUGUCACUUUUAAUUCAGCCGGACAGCUGAUAUCAGUUUCUCGUCAUGGCUUAUUCAAGUUCUCAUAUUUCUAUGAUGCCUUAGGUCGCUUGUCAGUUCAGAGAGACAGAUAUGGUCGUAUACUUCAGUUCUUUUAUGGUGACAUGAGAACAAAGAACACCAUAACUUAUGUGUAUAAUCACACAACUGGAGAGUUAACACAGUAUCUGCGUGAUACUGAAGGCACUUUGGUAGGCCUGCAGAGAAGUGGCCGUCUCUAUUAUAUAGUUGUGGAUCCUACUCAGAGCCCAAUAGUUGUAUUUGAUAAAGAUGGCAACAUUGUCAAGCAUGUGACGUAUAAUCCGCUAGGAGUCAAAGAGUCAGAUUCUGACCCAGACUUUGACCUUGCUUUUGGAUUUCAAGGUGGUUUAUACAACCCUGUUACACAGCUUGUUCACUUUGCAGAUCGAGUUUACGAUGCCAACCUGGGACGUUUUCUGACCCCAGAUUAUGCUAAUGUAUUCAAAAAACUUAAAACAGUUGCUGAAGACCCUGAGAUCCUAAACUUAUAUGGGCAUCGAUUUUUGGUCAAUUCUCACCUGCAGAAUCAGCAGUAUCCUCGCAUGAGUCUGUCAGACUGGUUGAAUGUCCUAGGCUAUGAUGUGCGCUCGAUGGCACCUGAUGUUACCUACACAGGAGAUCUCAAUGCAGACCCUCAAGACCCUGAUCUGCAGCUCCUGCCGGCAGCAUCAGCCUUUGAAUGCACAUUCCGCAGAGACAUGCAUAAUCUUCUGGCCAUAUCCACAGUGCCACAGUCAAAGGUGACCCCUCUUCAAAGUCUGCCUGAAGAAAAGCCUGCUCCUCUAGACUCAGUCUUUGGUCAUGGUGUGACUAUUUCAGACUUUGAUGGUAAGACAGUUGUUAACAUCGUGGAUGUGGCACAGUCAUGGGCCAAGAAUCUAGCCACUGUACUCCUCAACUCAUCACAGAUUCUACCUGUUCAUUUUACUAUCCUGGGGAAAGAUGUGCACUAUUUUGUAAAGCCAAGUGCACAGCAAGCUGUGGAUGAUCUGCGAGAGCUGGGCAUACACAGUGACCUGGUCACUUAUGAGUCUGGAAUCAAUGUGUCUGUUCAUCGCAGUCAACAUGGUCAUGGAUUUGGCCUCUCUCAUCGAGAAGUGGAUGUUAGAAUUCAUGGAAACCAUACGGUGCUGAAUAUUCGCUACGGUACUACUUUGGAUCGUGAGAUUAGAAGAGUCCUUCGCCAUGCAAAAGAUAGAGCUGUUGCUCAUGCAUGGGCUAGGGAAAAGCACUUGCUGCAGCAUAGUCUGCCAUCAUUAUAUCAUUGGUCUGAUGCAGAAAUGCAUCAGAUCCUGGCAGUUGGAAGAGUGACAGGCUAUGUGGCAGACUACAUUCACCAGCCUGACCAGUACCCUGAGCUUUCCGAUGAUUGUAACAAUAUCAGGUUUGUGGCAGAAGUGCCCUAG